AGAAACCACACCGAAACGAGGCAUCCGAGGGGUCCUCAGAAUUAUUCCUUUAAUGGGUCGAAGCUUCCGGGUCGGGUUUAGUUUCUAGCAAGGCGAGAUCGCAUCCUUAUCUUGGCGCACGUGGAAGAGAGAGAAACAACGAUUUCUUCCGCCAUGGAGGAUGAAAUUGCACUAAUGACAUUACCCCCCUUAGAAAAUGGUGAAUCUCUGAUCACAUUUCCAGCCAAAUGGGAUUUUGUCCUUGUUUGUGAUGAGCACAGCCCUGACAGUGAGAAGCACUUCAAGAAAAAAUGGUUUCUGGAAGAAUUGCACAGGAAAGGAUUCAUUAUUAAGAUGAUUAAGGACAAAAAGCUAUUUUAUGGAAUUCACGCCCCAAGUGCAUUCUUUCGAAAAUACCAGUGGCUUCUGAGAAAUUCUGAGAAUCAUUGUGAAUUACUGUGUGGUCAGCAACUGGAUGACCAGGAAAUGACCAGUUCCAGAACAAGGAUACGUCUUGUGAGCUUUAUCUUGCAGAACACAGAAAUCUGUAGUACGAAGGAGAAGCUUGAUGAACUGAUAAAGAAGAAAGUCUUUGAAACAGCAUUUCCUUUACAUGAGAGGGAAUGGCUGAAAACAUUUCAGAUGCUAAACUGGGCCCGAUGGAGAGGCAUCCUGAAGGGGCAACAGCAGCCAAUUGAAAAAAUCAGGAUGUAUUUUGGGGAGAAAAUUGCCCUUUAUUUUGCCUGGCUGGGCUGGUACACCUGUAUCCUGCUAGCAGCUGCUAUACCAGGCAUUGUCCUUUUCAUAUAUGGCUUCUUGAACUUCAGUUCUAGUCCAGUCAGCAAAGAGAUCUGCGCAGCCAACUCUACCAUCAUGUGUCCACUCUGUGACCAAAAGUGCCCAUUUUGGCGACUCUCUGAUACUUGCAUAUAUUCCAAGGUCACCCAUUUGCUUGACAAUGAAGGGACAGUUUUCUUUGCAAUAUUCAUGGCUCUCUGGGCCACUGUGUUCUUGGAGCUAUGGAAGAGACGAAGAGCUAGAGUUGUCAGUAAAUGGAACCUGUUUUUGUGGGAUGAAGAAGAGGAGGAGGUGAUGAUGGAGGUCAUCAAUAACCCAGAGCAUGAUCCCCAGCCGUACCAACAUUCUUACAUGCGCAGCACUGUUGUGCUCAUCCUAGUUUUGCUCAUGAUUUGUGUGCUGAUUGGCAUUGCCCAUGCUCUUGUCAUCUACCGGGUUAUAGUGACAGUCAUCUUUAUGCAGUCCAGCUCUGGAUUCUUUCGAGAACUAGCUACUACCAUGGCGGUAAUAACAGGGGCUGUAUUGCACUACUUGACCAUCAUCAUUAUGAGCAAGGUGAACAGGUGUGUAGCACUGUUCCUCUGUGAUCUAGAGAAACCAAGGUCAUUCACUGAGCGUGAGAAAAACUUUGCAGUCAAAUAUUUCACCUUCCAGUUCUUCACCCAUUUCUCUUCUCUGAUCUACAUUGCUUUCUUCCUAGGGAGGAUUAAUGGUCGCCCAGGCAAUUAUGUACGCGUUGGUGGCAAGUGGAGACUAGAAGAAUGCCACCCGAGUGGCUGCCUCAUAGAUCUCUUUAUGCAGCUGACCAUAAUCAUGACAUUAAAGCAAACCCUAAGCAACUUGGUGGAGUACAUGCUUCCCUGGAUACGAUACAGGUACCGGCUGAUGAAUGGGAAGACAACAAUCAACAGCAGGGAUCAUAGGGAAGAGACAGAACAGGAUCCAUGCAAGGAGGAAUGGCUUUGGAACUACCAGCUUAAUGAAGUCAAUUCUUUCAGUGUCUUCAAUGAAUUUAUGGAGAUGAUGAUCCAGUAUAGCUUCACCACUAUUUUUGUGGCUGCCUUCCCUCUUGCUCCAUUGCUGGCCUGUAUCAACAACGUCUUUGAGAUUCGGCUAGAUGCUAUCAAGAUGGUGAAAUUGCAGAGACGCAUGGUGCCCAGGAAAGCCAACGACAUUGGUAUCUGGUUGUAUGUCCUGGAGGCAAUUGGUAUUUUGGCUGUCAUUGGCAAUGGCCUAGUGAUAGCCAUCACCUCAGACUUCAUUCCCAUGCAAGUGUACAAAUACAUCUAUGGCCCAUGUUUGCAGAAGAACAACACUGGCGUAGACUGUAUGACAGGUUAUAUCAACUACAGCCUUUCCGUCUUCAGUGUCCAGGACUUUGAGAACUACAAGAAUCUAGUUGAUCUUCAGGAUUCCAUGGGGAAUGAGAUAAAAUACUGCAGAUACCGAGAUUACAGGAACAGUGAUGACUACGGUUAUUCUGUCCAGUUUUGGCAUGUUCUUGCUGCACGCCUUGCCUUCCUUAUAUUGUUUGAACAUGUGGCUCUGUGCAUCAAACUGAUUGCAGCCUGGUAUGUGCCUGAUGUCCCCAGGAGAGUUAAGAAUUGCCUUCUGGAAGGAAAACGUGAACGUCUGCUUAAAAGGCUCAGAGAAAUGGAUGACUCCACAGAAGUAUAGUGAAAUGCUGAGGAGGAUGUUGCAGUCAAGAGAAGAAAUCCUAGAUCCAGGUGCUUAACAGAUUGGUGUUACUGGCUUUGAAGAUCCCAGCUGGAAACUGCAGGUGUAACUUGAUCUAUUACUUAGAUUUUCUUGGAUUUUUCCUUUUCACUGAAUUGGAGUUAUGCAAAGGUAUUUUGCAUGGUCUGAUUGCUUUGAAUAUUGCAAUGUCCCAGGAGAAGUGAAAUGAAAUGAUAAAAACAUGCAAAGUAUCGGAGUACAAGAUAGAUGUGGGAAUGUUUACACAGGCAAUAAAGUAACAUGUUAAACCUAAAAUCAUUUUGGUGUUGCCAAAACUAGUUUUGUAUUAUAAGUAGCAGGCAAGAUCUUAAGAGUUGACACAUGCUGUUACUGCAAUGCAUCCAGCCACAGAACUCACACAGAACUGACUCAGACUUGCAUGGUUCAUCAACGUGGCUCAUAAGCCAGUAGGAAAUCUCUCAAUUUAAAGACUCUGAAGUUCAUAGAGGUACAGUAAUACCACAAUUACGUUUUCCCCCCUUUCUUUUCUAAUGUUCCUUCAUUUGCCUAGAAGUAUGUUUAUAUAGUGUGACUUCCUUGGGCACAAUCCAGAGGUACAUGUACACUGUUGCACCUAAAAAUUAUUUUUAGAGUUUCCUGCUGGGCAGUAAUCCCAAGGGAGUCUCCAAACAGCUCUUCAAAUUCAGAGUUGAUAAAGAAACUCCAAGUAAUUCCUGUAUGUGCUACAUUUAGGACUUUCAGAUCAAAUUCCUUGGUUUGGUCAAUGAUAUAUCAUUCAGUAUAGGCACAGGUUUCUUUUAUGUCAGUUUAUAAUGUGGAAGCAAUUACCUACCUCACUAAAUGAUAGGAUGCUUAGUUCAGAACUAAAAGUAUCCUAAGGCCUUAUUUGUAUUUUAAAUAUUUAUUUUUGUCAUUCUAAUGAGCUACUGGGGUAGAUGCUAUCAUUCAAACUACAAGUAAAGUCCCUCAGAGGUGACAAGUUUAUGUGUGCGUGAGUAUAAAUACAUUUUUGUGCAUCUGUGCAUUACUUCAUUUUAC